AUGGCUCCGCACACCGCAUUCUCAUCGAACACUGCCUCCUCCGCUCAAGGGAACGGGCACUUUCCCGUCGUAGCCGUCGUAGUGCCAGCGACAAUCGCCUUCAUCGGACUGAUCCUCGCAGUAAUCCUUCUAGCGAGACGCAGCAAGGCAAGAAGACAUCGCCUGCAACGCGAGACGUCACUCGAGGAUGGCGCCCAGCAGGAGAUGAGAGACAGGCCAGGAGGAGGUUUCACCACAUUCCGCGGACGUCGUACGACUCGCAACGGGGACGCUGUGCCCCCACUUCGCACUCGCAUCUGGCGAGGGCUCAUCGAAACCUUCUCCGUCGAGCAUGAGUUCUCUCAUCUUUCCAUGCGAGACCGACUGAGAGGGGAGACGAGCCUUCCUACCCCGUCGGGACGCAGGAGUGACAGGCCCCGUCCACCGAGAAGGACGGACAGCGGGCGUUCAGUCAUGACCGUUCCUGCUUAUAAUGUCGAGCUGGGCGCUGAUGAGCUGGUGCUUUGCAAGAGUGGUUUCGGGAGGGCCGAGGCCGAAGCGGAGACCGCUGGGGAUCUCUCGGGAAGCACCAUGGUGCUUGAGUCAGUGAGCUUGGGUACAGAUGUCGAGGGGGAGGGGCAGAGAUCGACCAUGCUGCAGGUACCGCAGGCGGCUGCCUCUACACCCGCUACGUCAGGCGACAACGACGACUCGAUGACCACCUCUGCUGCAUCUCCUUUGACGCGCCCGCGCAACGACAGCUCAGCGACCAUGAUGAGUACCGCCAGCAGCAGUCAGGCGCCUACUCGCCCAGUCCGACCACGCAACUACUCGCGCACAAGCUCAAACAGCCUACUGCGCUCCUACCUCCCCAUCUGGCAUCGUCGCGCCGCCUCAGCCAACGGCUCCACCACGCCUGGCGGUGGCUCGCCAUGGACGGCAGAACAGAGGCGCUUCCUCUCUUCGGUUGAGAGCCUCGGACGCUACGGCCUUGGUGGAGGUAGCGGGACGCCUACGCCAGGGAGGGAGACGCCCGGUGCGGGUGCGGGCGAGGGAUAUGCCGAGUCGCCCAGAUACGAGAUGGAGGAGAGGGUCGCAUUUCCUAUUUCGGGGGCAGUGGGGGCGCCGCCUGGGUAUGAAGAGCAGCGCGGUUCACCGCAGGCCCAACACCAGGAGAACGAGUCUGGCGAACAAGAGAUCGAAACGCCCACAACUUCUGAGCAGAGGACUGGCUCCUUGACGACGGCCUCUGCUGGCCAAGCCUGA